UUGUUUGUCCGUCGAGCUCGCGAGCUUACCUCGUCGGCUAUCUUCGUCACUGAAAGUGGUGUCAGAAUGUCAUGAAUUGAAACCUGGAGUGAUUUGUGUGUGUUUCAUUGAUUUCAUUGGGCCAACGAGUGCAAUCAUUUGAUCUCCUGGAUCUACUCACCUUGGCCAUUGGCCCUUAGACCGCGCAACGAAGGGACUUCCUCGGCUUCAUAGCUUGAAAAGGUUGGAAAGCUAGAUCCGCGAUCGCAAAAUGGCUGCAAGUGAUACCACAACGGACGAAUCGCUCUAUCCCAUCGCUGUUUUGAUUGAUGAACUCAAAAAUGAAGAUGUUCAGCUCCGUCUCAACUCCAUCAAGAAACUAUCUACCAUUGCUUUGGCUCUGGGUGUGGAGCGAACACGGAUUGAACUCAUUCCAUUCUUGACUGACACAAUUUAUGAUGAGGAUGAAGUUUUGCUUGCCCUUGCUGAGCAGCUAGGUUCAUUUACACCCCUAGUUGGCGGGCCUGAACAUGUUCAUUGCCUCUUGUCUCCACUUGAGUCUCUUGCAACCGUUGAGGAAACUGUGGUGCGUGACAAGGCUGUGGAAUCUCUCCGCACCAUCUCAGCUCAGCAUUCUCCUGGUGAUCUUGAAGCUCACUUCGUUCCCUUGGUUACACGCCUGGCUUCUGGAGAUUGGUUUACAUCACGCACAUCUGCGUGUGGUCUCUUUAGUGUUUGCUAUCCACGUGUCAAUCCUACCUUCAAAGCUGACCUCCGUACCCAUUUCCGCAAUUUAUGUCAAGAUGAUACCCCUAUGGUACGACGAGCUGCUGCAAGCAAACUUGGUGAAUUUGCCAAGGUUGUGGAAGUAGAGUUCCUGAAAUCAGAUUUGAUUCCUAUGUUUGUGAACCUUGCUCAAGAUGAACAAGACUCUGUGCGACUCUUGGCAGUUGAAGCAUGUGUUAGCAUUGCUUCAAUUUUACAACAAGAAGAUGUUGAACAGCUUGUCAUGCCAACCUUGAGACAGUGUUCUGGAGAUCAGUCAUGGAGAGUUCGUUACAUGGUUGCUGACAAAUUUACUGAGCUUCAGAAAGCUGUUGGAACUGAUAUCACUAAACAAGACCUGGUGCCAGCAUUCCAAACUCUUCUCAAAGAUACGGAAGCCGAAGUUCGCGCAGCAGCUGCUCAUAAAGUCAAGGACUUCUGCCAGAGUCUUGAUCCCUAUCAAAGGGAACAUAUCAUCAUGAACAGUAUCUUGCCUGUUGUGAAGGAACUCGUGGCUGACCCCAACACACAUGUCAAAAGCGCACUCGCCUCAGUUAUCAUGGGGUUGAGUCCCAUAUUGGGCAAACACAACACAAUUGAGCACCUCCUUCCCCUCUUCCUCACACAGCUAAAGGAUGAGUGCCCGGAAGUACGACUUAACAUCAUUUCCAAUUUAGAUUGUGUCAAUGAAGUUAUUGGAAUCCAACAGUUGUCUCAAUCCCUGCUACCAGCAAUUGUAGAACUUGCUGAGGACUCAAAAUGGAGAGUUAGGCUUGCAAUCAUUGAAUACAUGCCACUUCUUGCGGGACAAUUGGGUGUUGAAUUCUUUGAUGAGAAAUUGAAUUCCUUGUGCAUGACAUGGCUGGUAGAUCAUGUAUAUGCCAUUCGGGAAGCUGCUACUUUAAACCUCAAAAAGCUUGUGGAGAAGUUUGGCCCAGAGUGGGCACAAAAAACUGUCAUUCCUAAAGUGCUUGCUAUGUCUCGGGACCAAAACUACUUGCACCGCAUGACAUGUCUCUUCUGCAUCAAUGUUCUAGCUGAAGCUUGUGGACAAGAUGUUACAGUUAAACUAAUGUUACCCACUGUCACUGCCAUGGCAGGUGAUAAAGUAGCCAAUGUUCGGUUUAAUGUGGCUAAAACAUUACAGAAGAUUUCACCUAUUCUUGACCCUGUUACAAUCUCUAUGCAAGUGAAGCCCGUCCUUGACAGGUUGAAUGGUGACACAGACGUAGAUGUUAAGUUCUUUGCAUCUGAAGCCAUUGCAGGCAUUGCAGCUUGAAUGGACCAACAAAUGAAAGAUUGUACCUGAACUGGUAAUGACUUUUACCACAUUCAAUGCCUUGAUUUAAGCAAUUCAGAGUAGUGGAUUGAAUCCGUUGAUUUCAUUGUUGUAGGUCAAGAAAGGCAUUGAUUGGAGAUUCUGGACAUCAGUGAGACUUUGUGUGGAUACACCAAUCCUCACAAGACAUACCUUUUGUACAUACAUAUUUUAUUGUGACUAGAGCUUUUCAGCUGUGCAACUAUUUUAUUCCUCGUCUGUGAGGCAUUGUAGGGCACCAUGUUUAUCUAAACUAUGCUGUUAGGUCAUUCUGCUCGAGACUUGUAUGAAUUUUAGAUUUAUCUGGUUAAACAAUUAUAUGUAAUUCUGAAGCUGUAGAACCUCUCAUUUUAGCAUAUUGGCUGAGGUGACACUUAUGUAGGAGUACAUUCCUAAAUGUAGUUAGUUGUCUGCUGAAAUGUGGUGUCCAGAAUUGCAUUUUGAGGCAUAGCUUUCCAGCAGUCAGCACGCUGCACCCCUGCAGGACGGGGUGUGCUUGAUGUCUGCUGGCUGGUCAUGUUUUAGCUACAUUUAUCAGGAGAAUCAUUUCAAUGUUUGAAAGUGUCGUCUCGGCCCGAAUGCUGUUAGCAUUGAUGAUACUGACCUGUUUUAUACUUUAAGAAAGCAUCCAUUGUUUGAUUUACAAUUAUUGUACGUCAUAUCAACAUCUAUGUUAUGUAAUUCAUUGAAGUAAUGUAGUGUUUGCUAACAGAAAUUAAAUUAUCAACCAUCUACUUAAA